UGAACAUUUAUAUGAAGCUACAACCUGUGAUCAAUCAUAUCAGCUUGACCGAUCUCACAUUGGCCUAUUUUAUGGGAAGAUUCCUCAUGAGAUUUAUAUGACAAUUUCAUCUAUCAGGCAGACUCAGCACAACCACCCCUAUAUUCGAGAAGAUGUCGGACUACUCAAAGAUGAUGAAACAUAUCGGCGGCAGUGGUGUCAUGUGCUGCUUGUCUCUGGCGCGGGAGCUAGGAAUAGUGGACGUGCUGGUGGAAGCCAAACAGCCUCUUACAUCACACCAAGUGGCUGACAAGCUAAACCUUAGAGAAAGGUAUGUCCGUGAGAUCCUGGGUUCCCUGUCUGUCGGAGAAGUCAUCAGCGUGGACGACACGUCCACGGAGUUCCGUGUUCCAGAGGGUCACAAACGUACAUUAGUGGCAAUGUCGGUAUUUUCCAGAAUUAUACCCCGGUUUGGUAUGAGAUAUAAUAAAGUUAAGGCUUGUGCUCAACAACGGAACCCUGGCGGUAAGGUCAUGGCAUAUUCACAUGUGGAAAUAUAUCAUCUGUAUGAUGCUCAGAAAAUUGUGUGCGUAUGUGCGUUUCUAUUCCUAGACAGUAGUAAGUCAGUUAAGACAUUUAUCAUGAAACACAGAGGGACUUCUGUAUUUACAAUGACCGAAAUUUGUCGUUAUGUAGAAAUCAUUAAAGUUCAUGAAAUAGUUAUAACUAUUGUUACCGAAUUUAAUCUUCUCAUAAUGAACAAUAUGACAAAAUAGUUAUUUUAUGUCCUUCAUAAGGCGCUAAUAACCACGUUUCACUCAUUGACGUUGUGUCUAUAUGUUCGUAAUCAUCAGUAUGUAAGUAAUGCUUUCGAAAUACCAUUUAAUUAUAAUCUGAUGGAUGUUAGGCAGAUAUGAAUAAGAUAUUUUAGGUUCAGUAUAGAGAUAAAGAUUCAGAGUGAU